AUGAGAAGAAGUUUGAACUUGAUGGUCCUGAUGGCUGACAAUGCUACUGGCAUCACUUGGAUCAUGAGUAGCAAGUCUUUUCCCGCCGUCAAUUCGGUGGGGGUCCGUCAUGGUUUGGGGGACAUUCUUGUCGAGGGGCUUUCCGAACUGAAGAUUCUCGAAGUCAAGCAAAGAAGCUACGAGUACACAGUAAGACUCUCCGACUACAUGUUGCCGUUUGCUCAUCAGCAUUGUGGCUUCGACUUCACGUUCCAACAAGACAAUAGAGAGGUUUUGCAACAGUCCAUUCCGGGAUCCACUCCGCUCAAGUGA